AUGGCUCCAAAUCAAUCACCACGACACCAUAAACGAUCCCGAGCUAAUGAUGCCGUCGAAAAACCAGCGCGCCCUGAACACGUCAAAAGACGUCGGUAUUCAGAAUCCAAGGAUACACCCAAGUCUCCAGUGGUGAAGCCUUCCACUGCUGUCCAGCCCUCAAGUAGCAAGCAAUCUCAGGAUUUGGAAAACCGAGAGGGAUGGUCGUUCUCAAGCUUCUCUGCAGGUGGGCGCUACAGCAAUCUGAACCCAGUGAUGACCCAGGAUGAAGCAUAUCUUUUUCUCGGUCUCGAAGCCUAUGUCCAGGUUUUCGCAACUUCAACCUCUCGCCUUCUCCGCACCUUGCAGAUAGAAAGCGGACAGCAAGUGAUUGGAUAUAAACUGUGCCCAAUUGACCAAGAGAUCCUUUACAUCUUCACAAAUAAAUUUACUACCAAAUGGAACUGGGAGUCUGGAAAGCAGCUCGCUUCUUGGGAAAACACCGUUCAAAUGGUGGCUGUCGACCUACCUUCUGUUGAGCAUGAGAGCCAGCUCGCAUCAUAUUCUAUUGGGUGCGCCAAAGAUGGCCAGAGGCAAAUCUUCGUCAACUCUCUCGACGAGAAGAAGCCCACUGCUAUCAUUUUGCUGCAGACAAGCACAAAAAUCAAUGCUAUACAAGUCGCUUGUGAAGGACGCAUCAUUUUUGCCUGUGACGGUUCUCGGAUCUUGCUGGGUACUAGGAAAAAUGCCAAUUCCAAUGUCGCAGAGUCCCAUCAGUACAAGUGGAGAGAGGCGACAGUUCCAGACACUGUCAGCUGCUUUGAUUUGCGGGAAAGAUCAACUGCACAGAAGGCCCCCCACAAAAGCCUCGAACCCCUUGACUUGGUGCUUGGAGAGAAGAACGGAUCUAUCUUGAUCUACCAAGAUAUCAUUAACACCUUGUUUGAUCGAAAUGCAGAAAAGGAAACCCCACCCAUGAGGAUGCACUGGCACCGUAGCGCCGUCAACACAGUUCGGUGGUCGCAUGAUGGUAAUUAUAUCAUCUCAGGUGGCCAAGAAUCAACCCUUGUCUUGUGGCAAUUGGACACCGGCAGACAACAGCACCUGCCCCAUCUUUCCUCUCCAAUCUGCAACAUCGUCGUUUCGCCGACUGGUACAUCUUAUCUGGUGAAGCUGACUGAUAACUCCGUCAUGGUCUUGUCCGCCAGAGAAUUGUUGCCCUCCGCCAAUAUAACCGGCCUCCAGCUCGGUCCUAAUGCAAGCGCGAUCGCUUUGCUGCACCCACAGCACCCAGAACGGCUUCUUGUUACCGUUCCCACCUCCUUCCCACCUACGCAGCAAUCUCAGAAACAUCAACCACGCGCCGCCAUGCUGCAGACAUUUGAUAUUCGCUCCAACUAUCAUAUCUCUCGCCAGGCUCUGGCACGCACGAACACAACAACACUGAACGUUGGCCCUGAUGGCGCCUCAAUACAGACACCUGAUGUUCGGAGUAUGGAUAUCGCCCAGGAUGGAAAUUGGUUGGCCACUAUUGACGCCUGGACCCCAAAUCCCAAAGACGUACAAGCACUGACUAGAAAAAAUGCUGCCUUACCGUCUGAAAAUAUCCUCAAGUUCUGGAAAUGGAGCGCAUCUUCCAACAUAUGGGAGUUGGCGACACGAAUCGAUGGGCCUCAUUCGAACCAUGUCAGUGUGCUCAGCCUUGUGGCUCGGCCAUUCUGCCAUGAGUUUGUAACUCUGGGCGAGGAUGCGAUUCUCCGAUUCUGGUGUCUCACUUCUAAACAUCGCAGCGGUCUUAAAACAGAUCCCAAAGAACAACACCAGAAAACAUGGAAGUGCCGCAAAUUCGUUGAUCUAGCGGGAUGUCUUGGAGGUGAAGCCCCAUCGCCGAAGUUUGCCGCUCUUACAUUCUCUGAAGAUGGCUCGGUGCUUGCCGCAUGCUUACAAUCCACAUCUGUCAACGACGGCCGCGUGCUAUUGAUCGAUGCAAGAAACGGAAGUGUGAAGUAUCGACGAACCGGUGUUGUCUUCGGCAGACUACGCUCGGCCAAGUUUUUGGGAAGCUCCUUGAUCGUUGCCUCGACAGGCUUGGUUGCUGUAUGGGAUACCGUCAAUGAUGUUGUCAAGCCUAUUCUGCUAUCGAAAUCCUCGUCUGAAGAAGCCACCUCGCUCAUUGCAGUGAACCCCAGAACUCAGUCCUUCGCGGUAGUAUUCCAAUCGCCAUGUGGUGCGAAGGGAAACCUCAAGUUUAGCCUGCGAGUCUACGACAUCUCGACACUUGAACAGGUAUUUGAAAAGUCGUUCAAUAACAGUCCGAUCGCACUCCUCUCGGAUGUAUACUCCGGUGAUUUCGUUAUUAUUGACUCGUCUGUCUCUGUUCAACGACUUGGAUGUCUGGACAAGGCUUCUCAGAAGAGCCAGCAGUCGAAUGAAGUGACCAGUCGCCUCAACUCGGGACUGGCCAGUAUUUUCAGCCUGAACCAGGAACGGACUCCCGCACAGCUCACGGAGGGACAAGGAUCUGCUUCUCAAAAGGGACUGGCUAGUGUCUUUGGUGAGACUCCUUCAUUCUCGCUACCUGCCCUCAGCGUUCUGUUCAGGAACGUUGUUCAAACUCUCGCAAGCAGUUAG